AGGAUCUUAUGAAGUGCCAUUCCUCGGUAGUAUAUAAGAGCAGAGCGUCGUGUGUAUGACGUCUGUCAGCGGAGGUUCGCUGCAGCUGAAGGAGGUUGUGUUCUGUGCUCAGCGUGUGUCCGGCCUGUGAUACAAGAACCAUGGCAAGCCAAGGAAGCGAAGCCCCCGGUCCGUCCAGGGCCCGCAGCGUCCUCACCUGGGAGCAGGUGGACCGCCUCAACAGCUUCCUUACAGAAGUGGUUCCCAUCCACGGCCGUGGAAACUUCCCCACCUUGAAGAUCACCCUGAAGGACAUUGUGCAGAUGGUCCGCAGCCGCCUGGAGGACGCCGGGAUCAAGGUGCGGGACGUCCGGCUCAAUGGCUCAGCGGCCAGUCACGUCCUGGUGAAGGACAACGGCCUGGGGUACAAAGACUUGGACUUGAUCUUCGGGGUGACCGUUUCCUCCGAGGCAGACUUCCAACUGGUGAAAGAUGUGGUCAUCGGCCUACUCCUGAACUUCCUACCCAAGGGCGUGAACAAGGAGAAGAUCAGCCCGGUGACCCUGAAGGAGGCCUACGUGCAGAAGCUGGUGAAGGUGUACACCGAGGCCGACCGCUGGAGCCUCAUCUCCCUGUCCAACAAGGACGGCCGCAACAUCGAGCUCAAGUUCGUCCACUCCAUCCGCCGGCAGUUUGAGUUCAGCGUGGACUCCUUCCAGAUCGUGCUGGACUCUCUGCUCUUCUACUACGACUGCUCAGAGAACCCCAUGUCCGAGCACUUCCACCCCACCGUCAUCGGGGAGAGCGUGUACGGCGACUUCGAGGCCGCCCUGGGCCACCUCCGGAACAAGCAGAUCGCUACCAAGAACCCGGAGGAGAUCCGAGGCGGCGGCCUGAUGAAGUACAGCAACCUGCUGGUGCGGGACUUCAAGGCAGCGGACAGGGAGCAGAUCAAGUCCCUGGAGCGCUACAUGUGCUCCCGCUUCUUCAUCGACUUCUCGGACAUCUUCGAGCAGCAGCGGAAGCUGGAGUCUUAUCUCCAGAAUCACUUCAUCGGGGAGGAGAAGAGCAAGUACGACUACCUGAUGAUCCUGCGGCGCGUGGUGAACGAGAGCACCGUGUGCCUGAUGGGGCACGAGCGCCGGCAGACCCUCAACCUCAUCUCCCUGCUGGCCCUCCGGGUGCUGGCCGAGCAGAACAUCAUCCCCAACGCCACCAACGUCACCUGCUACUACCAGCCCGCGCCCUACGUCAGCGACGCCAACUUCAGCAACUACUACAUCGCCAACACCGCCGUCUCCUACCCAACAUGGCUGCCGUGCAGUUAGAGGCCACCUCUGGGGCUGCUGGACCCUUCACUGUCUGACUAUUGAGCCUCCGUUACAGGAAUGCCACCAAGAGCCCACUCCACUGCAAAAAUGUGAGCCCCCCGUGAGCAUUUCUGAAUGUAUACGACGCAAUCCGUUACCGCUGAUACUGUGACUCUCUGGGGACCCCCUGACUUUUUAAACCGAUCAGUGUUUUUGUUUGGACGAGCCCAUUACCCCUGGUGGGGGGGGGGGGGAGGGGGCGGCUCGAUGGAACAUUUCUUCCCUGGAGCGUGGGGUCUAUGAAUGGCCCUGGGACCUGAAAGAAAAAAAAAAAAUGAAUGAAAAAAGUAGAAAAGAAAAAAGAAAAAAAAAAAAUCUAAAAAGUUAAAUUUUUGUGUUUAUUUAUUGUAAAGACAUAAAACAACCAAAAAUGGUAGAAAAUGUAAAAAAGUGUUGUGGGCGUGUGCUGCUGCCGGGUGUGGGUUCUGUUUCUGCUUGUGCCUUACUGCGCAGCGUCUUCCCCUGGCGUGGAUUUUUUUUUUUUUUGUGGCUUUUCAGAGCUGCAGUUACUUUAUUUUCGGGGGGUUUUUUUGAGAAUUUUUUUCCCCCCCUUUUCACUGCAGCAUCAGGUUACAGAAAAGCAGCAUAGACGUCAAGGGGUGUCCUGGUGGGGGGGUGCACUUCAUGUCCAGGGUUAAAUGGCUGUUUCUGUAAACCCUUGUACUGAUUUGUCUCCAUUCACAACCAGAGCUGCAGUCUCCACUUCUGCACAGCGUUGUGGGGGGAUGUAGUGGACGCACCAGUCACUAGUGCAGGGAUGGCCAACCUGCGGCUCUCCAGCUGUUACAAAACUACAACUCCCACCAUGACCUGCUGUGGGCAUGCUGGGAGUUGUAGUUUUGCAGCAGGUUGGCCAUCCCUGCAUUAGAGUGGCAUGCUACACCUCACAGCGGUGAAGGUGCUGAACAAGCAGAGGCUGCAGACCCCAACCAGUUGCAGCUCUGGAUGUGACUGGAGCCUACCAGCUCUCUUCUGCUUGAACUGCUGCCAGGAAGUGUUGUACAAGGGCCGGUCAUGUAUUUAGUGGUCAGUGACUAGUCGUGCUUUUGUCUCGCUACCUGGGAGGGGGUGGGUGAAGUGCCUUAAACCUGCCAGAGGUCUGAGUGCCCCCCUGGUACACUGUAACGACACCACUUCUCUUGUACUGUUACUGCUCAGGAAAUUGUCUUCUCUUGUAAUCAGAAAUAAAAGCCCCUUGACGUAA